CAUUUGCGCCUCAUACAACAAUAACACGGCAAUAAUGGCACCCAUGGACGACGACUUCGUCUUCACAAUCUCGGACAACGAGGAUGGUUUCGCCGACGAGCUCGAGGAAACUGUAGAGCCCACACCCGUAUCGAACAAAAAGCGCAAGCGCGACUCGGAUAUCGCUGCUACCAAAAAGGACAAGAAGAGCAAGAAGCAGAAGAAAAAGGCACAACAACAACAACAACAACCUGAAUCCGAGGAUGAGCAGGAACAAGCUAUCGAUGAGGAUCUGGACCCGGAGUUUGAGUUUCAACUUGGAGACGGUACGACGGCGAAUAUGGACGACUUUGACGGCUGGACCGCACACAAUGCGCAAAAGAAUGCUGGCAAGCGCCUUGUUGAUAUCGACGACAUUAUCGCCAAGCGAAGGCAGGAUCAAAAGACUGACGGCGACGCUGCGGCUGGAGAUGCUGAAGAGGAGGAUGAGUUUGCUGGUCUGAGUGAUGGCGAGGAUGAGACUCUGGCUGAGGAUGCCUUCGGUAUGGGUGCUGCUCCCGGUGUCGAGAUCAAUUCUGAAGAUGAAGAGGAGGAUGAAGACGAGGACAAGGGAAGUGAUGCCGAGAGUGACAGUGGAGCUGGAGACGACUCUGAGGACGAGUCUGUCGCUGAGCAUGUCCCUCACCCUGACGACGAGGAGUCAGAUGCUGAAGAUGCCGAAGAAAAAGAGGACGCUGCAGAGGAGGAGAAACGCAUUGCUUUCUUCGCUCCCGAAUCGAACAUGGACGGCGAGAAGGAUCCCUCAGCCAAGCCCGUGGGUUCAUUCCAGGAGCUCAAUCUGUCACGUCCCAUCAUCAAGGGCUUGUCAUCUGUCGGUUUCGCCGCCCCUACACCCAUUCAACACAAGGCUAUUCCUGUUGCUCUUCUUGGAAAGGAUGUCGUCGGAGGUGCCGUUACUGGAUCCGGUAAAACUGCCGCCUUCAUCAUCCCCAUCCUCGAACGCCUGCUCUACCGCCCGAAGAAGGUCGCCACUACUCGCGUUGCCAUUCUCAUGCCUACUCGUGAAUUGGCUCUCCAAUGUUACAAUGUCGCCGUCAAGCUCGCCAGUUUCACAGACAUCACCUUUGGUCAAGCUAUUGGUGGCAUGAGCUCGCGCGAGCAAGAGGCAGCUCUCAAGCAACGCCCUGAUGUUGUCAUUGCCACUCCCGGUCGUUUCAUCGACUUCAUGCGUAACUCUUCCGCCUUCCAAGUCGACACCAUUGAGAUUCUCGUUCUCGAUGAAGCCGACAGAAUGCUCGAAGACGGUUUCGCAGACGAGUUGAACGAGAUUUUGACAACCAUUCCCAAGUCAAGACAGACUAUGCUUUUCUCCGCUACCAUGACAUCCAGCAUCGACAACUUGAUUCGUGUUGGUCUGAACCGCCCAGUGCGUCUCAUGGUAGACAGCAAGCGUCAAACUGUCGCUGGUCUCACCCAAGAGUUUGUCCGUCUACGCCCAGGCAGAGAAGACAAGCGUAUCGGCUACCUCCUCCACCUCGUCCACGAAUCCUUCAGCACAAAAACAAUCAUCUUCUUCCGCCAAAAGAAAGAAGCUCAUCGCGUCCGUGUAAUCUUCGGUCUCCUCGGUCUCAAAGCGGCCGAACUCCACGGCAACAUGUCGCAAGAACAACGUAUCCUCGCCAUCGAAGCCUUCAGAGCCGGCACCGCACACUUCCUCCUCGCCACCGAUGUCGCCUCUCGUGGUCUGGAUAUCAAGAACGUGGAUGCCGUCAUCAACUACGAAGCGCCCCAGACCCAAGAAAUCUACCUCCACAGAGUCGGUCGUACGGCCAGAGCAGGCAGACAAGGUAAAGCGUGCACACUAGCCGCAGAACCCGACCGCAAAGUCGUCAAAGCCGCUGUGAAGACGGCUCGCGGUCAAGGCGCCAUCAUCAAAUCCCGCAUCAUCGAUCCCAAAGUCGCAGAUGACUGGUCCCGCAAAGUGGACCUUUUGGCCGUCGAGAUUGAAGACGUAUUGCGUGAAGAAAAAGAAGAAAAAGUUCUCGCAACUACGGAAAUGCAAAUGAGACGUACGGAAAACAUCAUGACACAUGAAGACGAAAUCCUCUCCCGACCGAAAAAGACAUGGUUCGAGAGCGAAAAGGACAAACGGGCCGCCAAAAUCAGAGGAAAAGAAGAAUUGAACGGUGUGAUGACUGCAGGCGCCAAACUCAAGGGCGACCGUAAGAAGUUGUCCAACAAGCAAAAGAAGAAAUUGGAGGACAAAGACGAGAGAAUGGAGGGUGGAGGUUGGAAAAAGGGAAAAGCGGAGAGAGAUGGCAAAGGUGCACUCGAGAAACCUACAAAGGGUAAAGGAGGUAAGAGACCUGGUGGUGGCAAGGGGCCGAGGAAAUCAAUGUAGAAAUAUUUGUGUGUCUUCUGUCAAAGGGGAUGUAAAAGAGGGUUUUAAUUCCCCAUGGCUUGUUGACAAAGUUUUUAUAGCUCUCAUGUUUCCAUUUUCCCAUUGUUGACGUACGUUCUUCCAGUUCCUUGUGUUGCAGUGGGUUUGGGUCUAGACUUUUAUCUUUUAGAUAUCAGCCUGAAGUCCAAGUCGAACAUCAUCCCUGAAUCCUCUCCUUCGUCUUGUUUGGAAAGAUUCAAAAAAUAAAUUACUUCUUCAUUUCGUCACAAGCUCCAGGCGAGAUCUGAGCACGGCUCGCU